AUGUCAGCGGGCAUUUACCCUGUGGAUAUUUUGGAAGACGACCCUGCUGGGCAUCAGGAAGCGACUCUGGCUUACUAUGCCAUGCUUGGGGAAGGAGCGAGGCCCUCACCAGAGGUUUUCUCUCUUCCCACUGGGGAGCAGGUUAAACUUGAAGCUUCGUCUGUUUGCUUUUGCACCAUGCACCGUGAUGAACCUCAACACAAAAUCUUGGUCUUGGUUAAUCCCCGGGACACAAAGACAGUUGUGGCUGUUUAUGUGAAGCAGUCCUGGUGGACUACUGAAGAUGUACUAAGGACCUCUGAUCCUUCAAGGGAGGGUCUGAUGAAGGUUCAGUCAUUUGGGGAAAGGAUUGUGCUUUUCGUUCUGAACGUCGUUAUUUUUGGAAGACUAGAAAGGCAUUUGGAUGAUGAUGACAUGUUUUUUUUACCUCACUCUGUGAAGGAGGAGGCUAAGAUUCUGUGGCGAGAUGGAGCAGCCGUUGGAUUUUACACAACCAAAAGGGAAGGCAGCCUGUGCGGCGACGGCACGGGCACCUGCUACCUCCUGGCGGUCUUUGACACCGUGUUUGUCCGGAGGCGCCACCGCCGGCAGGGCCUGGGGCUAGCCAUGCUGCGGGACUUCUGCCAGACGUUCCGAGAGGACAAGGCCCUGGGCAUCAGCUGGCCCAUCUCGCCCGCCAUGUACCAAGUCUGCAGGAAGUUCCUGGCGGCCCACCCAGCCGAGCGGGGACGCCUGUGGGAGGUGGAGCCCCCCGGAGCCUGGGGCCAGCGAGGCAACAUCUGGCUGAAGAUUCAGCUUCAACAGUCAAGACUUCAUCCAGACUCUCACUCAGGACAUUCCAAGGAGGCCGUGGCUACUCGUGGGCAGACUUCUCAGGAUGAUGGACCCAGGCUCUCCCAUAACGGAGAAGACCACAAGGAGAGGAUCAGCGGAGACCAGGAGCAGACCAAUGGAGACCACGCAGUGAAGGCAGCAGCGGGGUGGCUUGCGCGAGCCUGCCAGGCGGGGCAGGAGGGGCCCACAGCGGCGGAUGCCAGGCUGCCCGUGGGCGGGGGUGGGGGUGGGGGUGGCGGCAUGCGGCCUCGCCCCUGACCCCCGCAGGCCGAGCUGAUCCCAGGGAGGCUGGCCCCCGCCCCUGACCCCCGGGAGGCCGAGCUGAUCCCGGGGAGGCCGGCCCCGCCCGUAACCAUCGCAGGCUGAACUGACCCCGGCGAGGCUGGCCCCGCUCUCGGGGUUGGAGCGCUGCCGUCCCUCCAGGCUCCUGUCGCAGGGCGCUGCCCCGCGUCCCUGCUGUGCUGUCCUUUGAGGAACAAACGACCACACGGACCCCCCUACCCCAGGCUUGAUGUGUGGGCCCAGGUGAUGCCAUGUCUGAGAAGCGCUGCAGUGAAUCCCGAAGCCCUGUUGGGGGCAAGUGAUUAUAUUCCCGCUAGAGCUUCAGAAGCCCGUUCGUUAAGCCUAAUGGGGUUUCUCUAGCUCAGGAUGAGUUGGUAAAGACUGCCCCAGGCCCACGGGACUGGACCCUCUUGCCUUAGCACCAGGAAGCACUGCAGAAAUCCCCCGGGGGUUCGCCCACCACAGCCCUGCUGUAACAGCGAGACCCCGGACACCAGAGAGCUUUCUGAGCAGUCGCUUUUCUUUCCAGAGAAGCUUCAGCUCCACCGGCUGCUCUAGAUAGGGCCAGGACGCCUGGUGCACCCAGGCCUCCAACCCCCGUUUGGCCUGUGCAGGAGGCGCUCAGGCCGGGCUCCAGGCAGCCUGCUUCUGCUUUGCAGGGGAAGUUCCUGGGAGUCUUUGGGCCAGUGACCCUUCUGGAGUGACGAUGCCUGCAGUGGUCAGGCUUGGGCUAAGGAAGGUGACUGUUAAGGUGCCGGCCUGGCCUGCUUGGGACAGCGGGCUCCCUUCUCUGCAUACCUGCCCAACCCUGCUCGGGGCAGUUCCCAGGCGCCCUUGGGGUUCCCGCACCUGGACCCCAGGGAGGACAGGUGAGCUCGCCCUGGCCGUGCUGCUGGCGGUUCACAGGGUGUGUGCAGUCCAGCAGCCCCAGGAGGCCCCAGAGCCCGUCUCCUGAGCGUGGGAUGGACUUUCCAUGCGUUGGCCUGGCCUCACCCGGGGUCAGUAGGAUUCUUUCCAGGGCAGGCCCAUCAGCUGUCUUGAGUGGGGUGGAUGAGCUGAGUGCUGCCCUGACUUCUGGGGGCGUGUCCAUCUGAUCGUAUCACUGGUGACCCCCACCCCCUUGGCUUAAGGCUGUCUUUGCAGCGCCCGGGGUCGUCACAGAAGCCCGCCGGCCUGCGUCACCUCUGCACUUGCCUGCCCCGCUUUCUGUCUCCAGGGCCUCCCAUCUUCAGACGUACAAGGGUCUUAUUUAGGGUCUGCCGAGGGUCUAUGCCUCCCCUCUCUCACCACUCCCUCCUGCACACAGACGCACACACGCACGCACGCACAUCAGUCAGGCUCCCUCCUGCACACACACACACACACACACACACACACACAUGCACACACGCACAUCAGUCAGGCUCCUUCCUGCGCGCACACACAGACACACACACACAUGCACACACGCACGCACGCACAUCAGUCAGGCUCCCUCCUGCACACACGUCUGCUCUCAGCUCAGGAAUCCCCCCUAACCAUGGCCUCCACACCCUGGUCUCUCCUGGGCCUCCCUGACCUCCACUAGGGUCAGCCCAGGGUGGGGUGAGUUGUCUCUCCUGUCCCCAGUAUCAGGGCAGAGCUGGCCCUCAGUAACUGGGGCGGGGGGAGUGGCUGGAAACAGGUCUCCUUGGGAGGGAGGGGUGGCGCCUUCCUUCUGUUCCUCUGUUGCCAGACCCUCAAGAGAUGGGCGGAGGGACAGUUUCAGUUUUUUAGGGACACAGGGAAGCCCAUCCUGGAGGUUGGGAAGGAGACCCCUGGUGCCGAGUGCUGGCGAGAUGGUGACCUGCUGCUUCCUGAGUGAUCCGAGGACGCGUGGGGUGGGACGUGGUACUUAUUACUCACGUUUCUGUCCAUCCGUCUGUUCAUCCCUGCACCCUCCCAUCUGUCUCCCUGGCCCUCUUGCUCUCUCUCUCCACUUCUCCACUCAUCUGCUCACCCGCCCAAUGACCACACUACCCUCCUGCCUGUCCACCCACCAUCUCUUCACGUCUGUCCAUCCGACCACCUGUGGUCCGUCCGUCCUGCUGUACAGCACAUAUUCAGUGUGCGUGCUCAGGGCCAGCCCUGCGUCUUGCAGAGAAGUGGGGCAUGGUCCCUGGACCCAAGGAAGCUGUUCUCUGAAAGCGUCCUUCCUGGAGUCUCCAGCGUGCAUGUCUCUCUUAAUACCAUUGGGAAGAGAGAGGAGGCCAGCUGCGUAGAAGCAGAGCGUAGGGCUUCGUGCGGAGAUGCCAGAAGCCACCCGCAGGGCAUGUGGGCUCUCUGGAAGGAGGCACAGCCAUCCAGGGGUCUUGGAUGUGCAGCCAAGGGGCUGAUGUGAGUGACGGUGGAUGGACCCUCCCACACGCAUCGAUGUGAGCUGCGAACGUUGCACUGUUUGAGAUCAAUCAUUGGUGCUUUGUGUUUACGUGGAAAUUAACUGAUCAAAAUGGCUCAGGGGUUUGAUAAAGUUACUACUCAAUAAAGGAAUCUUCCCAAGGAAGGAAAACCCAUCUGUUGAUGUAAUUCAUUUGAAGACAUACAAACGAACUGUAUGAGAGGGACAUGUGAUGGGCUCAGAGCAGCCGCUCCCUGGCAGUGCACGGCCCUGUUGGUGUGGGGCUACGUGCAGGAAUCCUUCCAUGUGACGGGCCUGCAUAAGUAUCAGUGAGGCGGUGUGCAUGGGGUGUUGUUUUAUUAAACCACCUUUUAAAAUAUAUUAUUCAGUUCUCCAUGUUCUUGCAUGUUAUUAUAUAACAGCUCAUUGAGAUCUAAUUUACAGUCCAUAAACUUUAUUUCAUUUAACGCAUAUACUGCCAUGUUUCAGUAUGUUUACAGAGUGGUACAUCCAUCACCGCAAUCAGUUCCUCAAAAAGAAACUUUGUACCUGUGAGCAGUCUCUCCCUUUCCACCUCUGCCCAGCCCAAGACAACCGUGAACCUACCCUCUCGCCGUAGAGUUGCCUGUGUGGACACGCUGUACAAGUAGGCUCAUACAAUGUGUGGUCAUUUGCACCUUUUAUUUAAGCAUAAUUUUUUAAGGUUCACUCAUGUUGUGGCGUGUAUCACUUCAUUUCUUUUUAUAGCUGAAGAAUGUAAGUCUGGAUACAAUUGCUUUAUCACAUGUAU